UGGCGGCGCCGUCCAAUGCACCGGCGGCGAGAAGUGCCGGUCGCCGCCGCAGAAGCAGUUGUUGAUGGCCCUGCAGAUGACGUGGCAGCCGAACCUCCUGAGCCAAAAGCGCAAGAGCGGUCCUCCAUUAGGUCUUCGCAACCUCGGCAAUUCUUGCUACCUCAACAGCGUUCUCCAGUGCCUCACCUACACUCCCCCUCUCGCUAAUUUCUGCCUCCGCUUCCAACACUCUUCCCUCUGUGAUUCUUCUUCUUCUUCCUCCUCUAAUUCGAAUUCAUCGAAUUGUCCGUUCUGUAUUCUCGAGAAGCAGAUUGCGAAGUCCCUGCGCGUGGAUCUCACGCACGACGCGCCGUUGAAGAUUCAGAGCUGCCUCCGGAUCUUCGCCGAGCACUUCCGGUGCGGCCGACAGGAGGACGCGCACGAGUUCCUGCGAUACGUAAUCGACGCCUGCCACAACACCUGCCUCCGCCUCAAGAAGCUCCGCCGCGGCGGAGAUGGUGGUGCUGAGAACGGAGCCGGAGGUGGGAGCUCAACGGUGGUGAAGGAGAUUUUCGGCGGUGCGCUGCAGAGCCAGGUGAAGUGCCUGUGCUGUGGUUAUGAGUCGAAUAAGGUCGAUGAGAUAAUGGAUAUUAGCCUUGAUGUUUUCCAUAGUAACUCGCUUAGAGAUUCAAUGCAAAAGUUCUUCCGGCCUGAGGUUUUAGAUGGGAACAAUAAGUACAAAUGUGAUAGUUGUAAGAAAUUAGUGCCGGCAAAGAAGCAGAUGAGUAUACUCCAAGCGCCUAAUAUUCUUGUUAUACAGCUCAAGAGAUUUGAGGGCAUAUUGGGGGGCAAGAUUGAUAAGGCUGUUGCAUUUGAAGAGGUUUUGUUACUUUCUAGCUUCAUGUGCAAAGCGAGUCAGGAUCCACUACCAGAAUAUAAGCUUUUUGGUACUAUUGUGCAUUCAGGCUACUCCCCGGAGUCUGGUCACUAUUAUGCCUACAUAAAGGAUGCAAUGGGUCGAUGGUAUUGUUGUGAUGAUUCUUGUGUAACAGUUGCAAGUUUGCAAGAAGUUUUGUCAGAGAAGGUUUAUAUUCUUUUUUUCUCUCGAACUACUCAAAGGCCAGCGUUAGUUAAUGAUUCUCUUGUUUCCAAUGGCGUAAAGCCUCAUCACUCGAAUGGGAGUCAGGCAUCUGAAAGUGCAAAGGUUGAGGCACCAUUGAAAGCAGUGCAUUCAAAAUCAAAUUCUGAGCAAUCUACUUGGAAGGAUAUGCCAAGGGUAUCUAAAAUUAGUAAAGGGCCUUCUAGCUCAAGAGUGAAGUUUGACAUUAAUGGAAAUUCUGCUUCCAAGAGAAGUCCUGCUCAUGCAACUGUCAAUGGGAAAGUGGACAUUUCUAAGAAUCAGCUUGUGGUAAUUAAUGGGCAUGUGAAGGACACAGUUUCUUUGGAGAAUGGUAAGAAAGAUCCUCCGUCACUGCCAGCCAGGAAUGGCUCUGUGAAAAAUAAAGUUGACGUAGGUGAUAGAUUUAAAAGAAAGGAUUCAGCAUUAACAAAUGGUUCCACUGAUAUUCAUUCAGUUGAUAUGCAUUUUGCCAAAUCAGAUCCAACGGUAGACAAUAAUAGAAGCACGGUAACAACAGGUAAGGGGCCAGAAAACUUUAAGCAAGAAAGCAAUGGCCACGGUGAACCUAAAAUAUUGGGGAAGAGGAAAGUACAGGAUACUUCAAGCAUUUUGCUUGCACAUGAUGGUCAAUCUCGAACAGAAGUUGAAGAGCUGAAAGACAUUCUUGCAAAAGAAGCCAAGUCUGUUUUGAGGUCAUGUGGCUGGACAGAAAACGUUUUUAACUUCAUGCGAUCUAGAAAGAGGUUACGAGCACAAGAAGCUGGUCAUAUAACAGGUGCAGACGAGAUAAGGAGGUCAUUAAUAAGAGAUGCGAAGGGAGCUUUCUUAUCUAAGAUUCCUGAGUCACUGAGGAAGGAUCUGAUUGAACGUCUCCGGUCGUUUAGCCAAGAUAAAUAGUACAAUUUGAAGGGUCCUGAUCAGAAAUGCAUGUUGAUAAUGCCAGCGAGGCUUGGUGUGUAUAGACUGUAUUACUAAUUAAGGUGGUGAUGGUUGUCGUACCACACUGGAUGCUAUGUUUGGUGCUGUUACAUAUUGACUUUUGAGCUGGUUCUGGAGACAGGCAAGAGUACGUGGAGAUUGUUUCAUUCAAUGCUUCCCUACUGUUUCACGUCUCAGCCAUGAGUUUUCUUUCUCAGUGGAGGAUAUGCAGCUCUGUGAAUCGGGUGUAGAGGCUUUCGGGAAUUCUAUUCAUUUGUACAAUAUUUGGUUUAAUCUUGUUUUUGGAGCAAAAAUCAUAAUUUUCUAUAGAAUUGCUCAACAAAUUUUGAAUCCAGAUGAGGUAGGGUAUGGCUUGUUGAAAAGUUAUGAUCAUUGUGACUGUACACUACAUUAUAAGAUGAGAAAUUCUAAAGUGUAGGCAGAAGUUACAAAUUUUGUUAGACGAUAA